AUGGAAAAGGUCAUCGACGGAUCUACGAUUGCAGUAUUUGUUUACGGUGCUACAGGAUCUGGAAAAACUUACACAAUGGUUGGCAACAAGAAUGCGCCGGGUUUGAUGGACCGAACGAUUGAUGACUUGAUGAGCAGACUUGGCGGUGAACAGGAAAGUCUCGCCCCCGUUUACAACGAAAAAGUCCGCGAUCUUCUUCAGCCGAUGGUGUGCCCGAUAGAGCUUCGAGAAGAUUCGACCGGUAAUCUGAUUUUGCAAGGAUUAUCGCAGAUCGAAAUCAGUUCCCCUGAAGAAGGCAAACAGCUGCUCGCCGACGGCAAUCGACGUAGAACAAGGAAGUCUACACCGCUGAACUACCGUUCGAGCCGUGCUCACACUAUUUUAUUGAUCAUGGCGUCAAGCAGAGUGAACAAGCAUAAGCAAGGAAAACUGUACUUGAUCGACUUAGCAGGCUUUGAAAGAGCUGGAAAAACUCAGGUAAGCCAUACGGCACACUUACUUCAAAUAAGGCGGUAAUG